AAUCUCGAUCGAUCUCCCGAUUUGGUGGCCGGUGACGGAGACGGAGACGGAGACGGACUCCGAGUGCCGUCGACCGCCUCGCGCGGGCACAUAUAAGGCUAACCCCUCCCCCUCCGUGCCUGUACAGACACCUACGAACGCAAGGCGCGGCGAGGAUCCGUAGAAUCAGCCAUGUCAGCGGCCCUUCGACACGCGGCGAGGAGGAUUGGCGGCCGCGCGCUGCAGCGCCCGCCGGCGGAGGUGCAGCGGCGGCUCUUCAGCGCCGGACGAAGCAGCGACGCCAAGGGCCUUGCUGUUGAUGGGGAAAAGGAUUUGGUAGGGAAAGUCAAGAAGAUGAAAGAGGAGAUGUACAGUGUUCUCUACGAGUGUCAGGAGAAGAAGAUUUUUCAUGGCACAGCGCGACAGAAUGCUGAGCUGCUGGAGGAUCUUUCUGGGCAAGUCGAGCCUAGAACCAAUGACUUCCGCUGGCGCACACACCGGAUAGGAAAAAUGCUCAGUGAUUCUAUCAUGUUGGCAGGGGUGUUUUCUGUCAACUAUGUGGUUUUGGAUAAGCUCAUAGGUCCAUACCCGAAAGAAAGGGGUAAGAUCGAGCCAUCUCUGGAGGCAUAGGAAGGGAAACCGCGAUGAUGUUGGUGCUUUCUAUUGUCUGACAACGUCAUAAUCGUCCAAAUCCGGUAUAUUAGUCCUUGUGUAAUUCUCUAGUAUGAAACACAUGGGCUCAUCAGAAUAGAUAUAUGAAGAAUACUGGGGGAGCAGUUGA